UUGCAAGACGUGAACACAAACAAAAUGGCGGCUGUAGGUCUGUCUUUCGGAUCUUACGAGAAAAACUCAAGCGGGCAAGAAAAUUGGCAAGACGCGAACGCUGCCCUGCUAGAGCUGGAUAAAUGUCUUCGGUCAAGUAAAGUGGGUGAGCAGUGUGAGGCUAUUGUGAGGGUUCCUAACUUAUUUGAGAAGCACCCUCUGCCCAUUCUCAUCAACUCAGCAUUCCUGAAGCUUGCAGAUAUCUUUAGGAUGGGGAACAAUUUUCUGCGGCUGUGCAUUCUGAAAGUCACCCAGCGCAGCCAAAAACAUCAUGACAAGAUACUGAAUAUUGAUGAGUUCCUAAGGAGGAUCUACUCGGUCAUCCACUCCAACGACCCCAUCGCCAGGACAAUAACUAUUAGGGUUCUGGGUAGCAUUGCUUCCAUUAUCCCAGAGAGAAAGAAUGCACAUCACAGUAUCAGGACUAGUCUGAACUCACACGACCAAGUGGAACUGGAAGCUGCUAUUUUCGCAACACAGCAGUUUUGUUCACAGUCCAGAUCCUUUGCAUCAGGAAUAUUCAACAAACUUGCUCAAAUGAUUGAAGGUUUGACAACUCCAGUUGAAAUGAAACUCAAGCUUAUUCCAAUAUUCAGACACAUGUACUUUGAUGCAGAUCUGACAACAAAGGUGUAUGCGCUAUGUUCAACUCUACUCAGCUCUCAUCCGGCAUGCCGAUUUGUGGUGGUCACUCUACACACUCUCUCCUGUCUCGCCGCAGCCAGCAUCAACAGCAUCCCCCAGCAGGUUGAUCUUCUUCUAUCCUACCUCACUGGUGACCCACGUAAAGCGGUGAAGACGCAGGUUAUUGCGGAUCUGAAACUGCUUGCUAACACAGCUCCACACAUGUGGGAAUCGUCACAUGUUGAGUCCCUCUGUACAUUUUUGUUGGAGACAGAGUAUGAUGUAUUAAAACUCAGCGGACUCAACACACUUGUUGCAUUAUCUACAACGUUAGCUGUCAAUCACUUGAAUUGUGAAAAAGUGUUGCAGGUUUGUGAGCUUGAGACAAACUCAUCCAACUUGGCAAUCGCAGCGGUCAGCACUAAACUUCUUGUGAAUAUAGCAACCGCCAGACUCGACCAAGACCCUGCUAAUAGCAGUCUGUGUGAGAAUGCUGUCCAAGUAUUGGAGACUAAUUCUGUAAUCUGCUGUGUUGGCAAUGAUGUCCACUCAUUAAAGAUGUGCUUGUCAAGUAUGAAUCACCUUGUCGAUAGCUAUCAUGAUGGGUGUGCACCCUUGAUUGACAGCUUGAUAACACUCUUGCCGACUGUGUCAGACUCCACAGCUCUGUGGCUUUGUCAUGCAUUGGUAACCAUGGCAACUCAAAUUCCAUCAGCCCUUGUCAAUCACAGAGGGGAAAUGAUAUCUUAUUUCACUGCAGUCACAUCACCAAGUGAUGCUGAUGAUGUGUUUGGAGCCAGAGAUUCCAGUCAGGGAAACAGCGACACGAUAGUAGCGGCAGCCACUCUUGUAUUCCAGUCUCACGGCCACUCCACCGCAGAUGAUACUGCAUGUUUACUGCAGGCUCAAGUAGAAGACUUGGUCCUUGCUCGCAUGGAUGGGAUAGCUGCCACAGCAGGCCACUGGGUGUCAUACAGGGUUGCACGCCAAGCGUCACGCCAGGGCUUUCAUGGUCUUUCCGCCAAAAUAUUUGACAGCUUGUCCUCAAAGGUGGCUUCGGAGCAUUUCUUCUUCUGGCUGAGUUCACUGAAGUGCUUUAGUGAGGCUGAGAGUGUGCUUAGCAAGCCGUGUGCCAACCAGCUGUCUCUUGCUGAUAGCAUCACACUGGCGUGCAGCAAGUACCACAAGGGACUAGUCGCACUCAAGGCUGCAGUAAUGCCAUCGCACCAGUUAUCAUUCCAAGUGGCCUACGCCAGUCUGAGGGCAGACCUGCUUCAGGCACACAAGCACCUGCUGGCAGCAUGUGCAUGCAUGAAGUCCUGUCCGCCUCCCGCCAUAGCUACUGCUGUCGCCAUGACUACCGGACAGGACGUGCAUAGCUUGAGCCACUUUGCCGCCCAGAUAAGCGAGUGCAGCAAGUCCUUCCGUGGAUUGGGCGAGAACUUUAGCAAAUUAUACAGAUCAUCAUUCGAUGCCGACCCAUCCACCCUACAACACUUGGAAACCCUGCAGAGGAGUUGCUAUCUGAUUCCCCACUGCAUUGAUCUUUUGACAAAGAACACUUCGCCAAGUAACAGCGGUGCUGACUUGUUGUCUACUCCGAAAUCUGGAUACUCAGCCCUAUCCAAUGCUUGCACUCAGAUUCUUCAGACUGUCGAGGAGUACUGUAUUCAACUGGAGAGCAUGCCCGUGUGUCACUUGACGGACUGCCUGUGUAAAGCAUCCCUGACUCUGUCCCAGACUCCGCUCCGCUUUCCCAAGUACUUCUACCACAGCGAACAACACACAGCGAUAAAGUUGGCAUUGUCACCCUCCGCAUCCUCUCCUUCCGAGUCCGUUCCCGUUCCUCUAGAUACACAGUUUGUGCUCAAAGUCGAGGGCGUUGUCGAGUACCGCGGGAAGCCUGGAAUCUACCGAGACAUCAGCGCUGUCUGUCUGCACGUAACCUGGAAGCCGGAAGAGAAAAAGCAACAGUCACCGGAAGUCAAGGUGUUGCAUGACAGCGUGACAAGCCUGGAACAGACUGUCACGCCACACAACGACUAUUUCAGCGCUCACUUCCUGCUCUCCUUCGCCGCCGCCGCCACGUAUGACGUCACAGUCACCACUAGUGUGAUUGACAGCUCCAGUGCAAGAUGGGAUACCGGACCCCAGAAUUCCUUGCUGGUUAAGGCAAGCGAGGCGCCUAGUCGAAUGAGGAUUGGUGGUACCCGGAUGUAAGGACUUGCGGUCAUUGUGUAAAAUGUCAAAGCGUUGAAUACCCGGAUGAUAAGACUCGAGGCUAUCAGUGGAGCCCGAGUGAUAUCCCGGAUGACUGCCGGAUUGAUGGUCCGAGAAGAGAAACGUGCAUCAACAGGACUGGUGCGUGAGAACUCACAAGGGGUGAGAGUUGCAGUCAUGAAUAUUAUAAACUAAAAGUCCAAGAAUUGGCGAUACUUCAAGAAGAAGAUAACGCUUUGUUGGCGCCCGAGGGAGGGAAGGAAGAGAAGGAAGGGAAGGAAGGGGAGCUUCGCAACUGAACUGUAUAGAAACAUUAAAAUCUCAUGAUUACUUAUCAGAAAAGACUAAGUGACAAGACGAAGCAUUAAAAUAAGUAACACUUCCAGAAAACCAUCAUGACAAAUAUUUCAUCUUUGAUAAAUUGAUGCCGAACUUAACGCAAGAAUUACUUGUAUAUCUUGUAUUAUUUAGAAUAAAUGGUAUUAUUUUGAA